CCAACCAGCGUUGAGGUAGGCGUCGAGACGCAACCGUCGUCUUCCGCCGAAGACGCAACCGCGUCGCGACGCCGAAGCAGCGACAAAAUUUCUUCUUCUCAUCAGGAACGUCGGCGACAUGGCGAACGCAUCGAAUGGUUGCGCAGAGUCCGGCUUCGAAGUUUAUCUCUACGUGUACGACAUGUCCAGAGGACUCGCCGAGAAACUAUCUGCCUGUCUCCUCGGAAAGGAGCUGCCCGGUUUAUGGCACACCAGUAUCGUCGUCCGCGGCAUGGAGUACUCCUUCGGCUCGACGGGCAUCGACAUCUGCCCGGCGGGAAAGACCAUCCACCAGGAACCCGACAGGGUCAUAAGCCUCGGUUGCACGGAGCUGCCUCACGGCGUAUUCUUGGAUUACAUCAGGGAACUGGCCGAGUACGCUUACGAGGGCAGCACGUACGAUCUGUUCCGCCACAACUGCAACAACUUCUCGCAGGACGUCGCCUUCUUCCUGACUGGCAAUUCCAUCCCUGCAGAGAUCCUGGAACUCCCCGACGAGUUCCUGCGAACGCCACUGGGCAGCAUGUUGGUUUCUUUCAUCGAGCGUCUCUCGAGCGCGGUCGACAAGGCGCCGGACCAGGAUUCUACCGGCGGAGGAAGUUCGAAGAGCUAGCCCCAGAACUGUUAGGCCGUCCGACGCCUGCUCGGCUCACGAUGGGCCGCCAGGAGAGACAACUGCUGAUGCUGGAAGAGACGAAGAUCCCUUAUAAAAAUUUCGAGUAGCAUUUAAGUGAUUCUUUGUUCCGUAUUGUUGCUUUCACCUACCAUCCCUUUGUUGAAAUCCUUCCAACAUUGUUUAGGCUUGCUAACACUAGGGCUGGCAUUCGGGCUAUUUGGCUAUACAUGAGCGUCAGAUAACAGCGCGUAAGAAAACAAGGGACGACCACGUUGAAGAUUCAGCGUUGUGUAUGUCUCUUCUCCGUUCGUCCCUUGUUUUUUACGUGCUGGUAUUUUACAAGCUUCCUAGCAACUCCCUAGUAAAUGCUAUCAACGCCUGACCACUGACUUUCAUUUACAACACGUUUAUUGGCUUUCUGUCAACUUUGUACCAACCAUCUAGAAACCUGUUAGAUUUGCUUGUCAGAUUCUUGAAAUUCUAACGCGUUCAUAAAUUUUGUGUACGCUAUUACCAAUUUACUAAGUUUUUCUUUGGACACUCUAAUAACAUGGUGUCAAUAAUAAUAAAACUAGCACUGUAACCGACUUUAAAUUGAAAUUUACAUUGAAACGUGUUUACAGAUUCGUGUUGGAAAAAAGUAGGCGUGCAGACACGCACACAAGCAGAGGGAAACUGACAACACAAACGCCGACUAUAAAGUGAAAGGACGUACAAAAUCGGAAUAGAAGUUAGACUCAAAACCUAUCUGCGCAUGCUCAGGAGAUGGCAGCGAUAACCUUCAAUCAGGAACACGCGCUUGCCUCCGCGAAAUAUAACUGUUUGGGCACGGCAUUUCAUCUUUAUGUGAGGUAGUUCAAGGCUGGCUAACGCUCGCACUUUCACUAUUAUGGACAUGUCAAGCC